AUGGAAGCGUCCAGUGAGGAGGCCACGGCCAGCCUGUUGUCCAUCGUGUGGGAAGUAUGGGUUCCUAACCAGUUGGCCACCUUCACACAACUGACUCUGUUCUACCUGAACCAGUGGUAUCAAGCGUCCAGUGAGGAAGCCACGGCCAGCCUGUUGUCCAUCGUGUGGGAAGUAUGGGUUCCUAACCAGUUGGCCACCUUCACACAACUGACUCUGUUCGACCUGAACCAGUGGUAUCGUGAAUACAUGCCCCAGUCAUCGGACAUCGAAUACUCCCACUUCAUGGCACACUUCUGCCUGCCGGACGGACCUCUGCUGGACGUCAGUGUCGUCCAGAGUUCUAUCCGACAGUUUGCCACCCUCCAACCGGUUGAUGAGCACUUCUUCCCUACUGCUACCACCUUCCAGUGUGUGUGCCUCCAGCAGACUCAGGUGACGACUUGUGUCCACCACGACACUCAAGAGGUGUGCCUGCAGGCAAUAAAGGAUGGGGGUCCCAGUGCGUUGCUCUUGCCUAUACAAGCUCUGCAUUCAGGCCUUCAUCAAACCUUUGCUCAUGGAUGUUGUAAUGUGUCUUUGUGCACACCUGUUACAGAGUGUGUGUUCCUCCAGCAGACUCAGGUGACGACUUGUGUCCACCACGGCACUCAAGAGGUGUGCCUGCAGGCAAUAAAGGAUGGGGGUCCCAGUCAGGCCUUCAUCAAACCUUUGCUCAUGGAUGUUCAGACUCAGGUGACGACUUGUGUCCACCACGACACUCAAGAGGUGUGCCUGCAGGCAAUAAAGGAUGGGGGUCCCAGUGCGUUGCUCUUGCCUAUACAAGCUCUGCAUUCAGGCCUUCAUCAAACCUUUGCUCAUGGAUGUUGUAAUGUGUCUUUGUGCACACCUGUUACAGAGUGUGUGUGCCUCCAGCAGACUCAGGUGACGACUUGUGUCCACCACGGCACUCAAGAGGUGUGCCUGCAGGCAAUAAAGGAUGGGGGUCCCAGUCAGGCCUUCAUCAAACCUUUGCUCAUGGAUGUUCAGACUCAGGUGACGACUUGUGUCCACCACGGCACUCAAGAGGUGUGCCUGCAGGCAAUAAAGGAUGGGGGUCCCAGUCAGGCCUUCAUCAAACCUUUGCUCAUGGAUGUUUCAGGCUUUCAUCAAACCUUUGCUCAUGGAUGUUGUAAUGUGUCUUUGUGCACACCUGUUACAGAGUGUGUGUGCCUCCAGCAGACUCAGGUGACGACUUGUGUCCACCACGGCACUCAAGAGGUGUGCCUGCAGGCUAUAAAGGAUGGAGGUCCCAGUGCGUUGCUCUUGCCGUCCCGUCUAUACAAGCUCUGCAUUCAGGCCGGCAUCAAACCUUUACUCUUGGAUGUCAGUAGCCCUAACUCUUCUCACAGUAAGGAACUAAGGGAAUACUUGCUGUGUGUGGCACUGGAGUACGGCAUGAUGGGGUUCCUGCGUAGCUGUGUACACGACUGGUCGGACGGUAGUCAUGCGGUGGCGGGCUGUACACUACCCAACUUGCUGCACUGGGCUUGGGGUCGUGUAGACCGGUACAAGAAGUGUCUCGAUGGAUUGUGUGUUCCGUUGUUCGACUACUCGGGCACUGCAUUAGAUAGCAAUGAUGUAGGUCUGUUCCACCAUCUUAUAUGUCAACUUCAUGACCUCCAGGACCUAUUCCAUCUGGUGUUAGACAAAUACCAAAAUUGUAUUAUCCAAGGCAACUACGAACAACAGCACACAGCUCUCAGUCUGGUCACACAAUUCUAUGAUUCGGUGCUUUGGUGUGUGAGAUACAAUAUCUUACCAGAGACGAACGCUGGGGACACCAAAGGACAUAUUCCGUACUUCACUGACAUCAUUGUCAACUCUACCAUAUCAAGGCCUGUGCGGAUGAGGUUGCCCCUCUGA